GUGUGUGUGUGUGUGUGUGUGUGAGACAGCUCCAUCUGCCAAAGCAUCAGAGGAAGACCAGGAGAGGACCAGGAGGCUGGCUGAUGCAGAAAUGCACCGGCAUCACCUGGAGAGUUUACUGGACCAGAGGGAUCGAGAGAUUACCGCCCUCAGAGAGCAGGAACUUCAUCGUCGCUACGAAGGAACUCCAGAGUCCACUAAAACAAAAGCUUUACAGACUGUUAUCGACAUGAAGGAUGCAAAAAUCAACUCCAUGGAGCGGAGCCUGAGGGACAUGGAGGAGGAGAUGCUCAUGAUGAAAUCCAACGGACUUCUGAGCUGCGAGGAGCGACAGGAGGAGAUGAAGCAGAUGGAGGUGUACCGCAGUCACACCAAGUUCAUGAAAAACAAGAUGGAGCAGGUGAAGCAGGAUCUUUCCAGGAAGGACACUGAGCUGCUGGGUUUGCAGACUAAACUGGAGACCUUAACGAACCAGUUCUCAGACAGCAAACAGCACAUCGAAGUCCUCAAGGAGUCUCUCACCGCCAAGGAGCAGCGCGCUGCCAUCUUACAGACAGAAGUCGAUGCCUUACGCCUGCGCUUGGAGGAGAAGGAGGCAACUUUGAAUAAGAAGAGCAAGCAGAUACAAGAAAUGUCCGAGGAAAAGGGAACCCUGAACGGAGAAAUCCACGACCUGAAGGACAUGCUGGACGUCAAGGAGCGCAAAAUUAAUGUGCUGCAGAAAAAGAUUGAGAAUCUGCAGGAGCAGCUGAGGGACAAAGAGAAGCAGAUGAGCAGCUUGAAGGAGAGGGUGAAGUCCUUGCAGGCGGACACUUCAAACACCGACACGGCGCUCACAACGCUGGAGGAGUCUCUUGCGGAAAAGGAGCGAAUCAUCGAGCGUCUGAAGGAGCAGCGGGACAGGGACGACCGAGAGAAGACGGAGGAGCUGGACUGCUCCAAGAAGGAGCUGAAAGAGCUGAAGGAGAGGCUGAGCUUACUGCAGGGAGACCUGUCAGACCGAGAGACCUCUCUGUUGGACCUGAAGGAGCACGCUUCAUCUCUGGCCUCUUCAGGACUCAAGAAAGACACCAAACUCAAGAGUUUGGAAAUAACCUUGGAGCAGAAGAGGGAGGAGUGCCUCAAACUGGAGAACCAGCUAAAGAGAGCUCAAAACGCGGCACUGGAAGCUCAAGCCAACACAGAGCUGGCGGAGCGCAUCAGGAACCUGGAGCAGGAAGUGGUCCGACACAGAGAGGAUUCUGGGAAGGCUCAGGCGGAGGUGGACCGCCUCCUCGAGAUACUUAGAGAAAUGGAGAACGAGAAGAACGACAAGGACAAAAAGAUCAGUGAGCUGGAGAGUUUGGCCUCCAGGCAAAUGAAGGACCAGACGAAAAAGGUGGCCUCCCUGAAGCACAAGGAGCAGGUGGAGAAGAGCAGGAACGCUCGGCUGAUGGAGGAGGCCAGGAAGAGGGAGGACAACCUGUCCGAGUCGUCCCAGCAGGACACUCUGCGUCAGAAAUCAGAGCGCAUUGAGGAGCUGGAGGAGGCUCUGAGGGAGAGCGUUCAAAUCACUGCUGAGCGAGAGAUGGUGCUGGCGCAGGAAGAGGCCGCUCGGUCGCUACAGGAAAGACAGCACUCACUCAAACCAAUGCAUGAGUCCAACCUCUCCCACUUUAAGUGGUCUAAGAUGGAGGAGCUGCUGGGUGCCAUGGAGAAGGUGAAACAGGAGCUGGAGUCCAUGAGGGCCAAGCUGGCGUCUACCCAGCAGUCUCUGUGUGAGAAGGAGGCCCACCUCACAACCCUAAGAGCUGAGCGCAGGAAACACCUGGAGGAGGUGCUGGAGAUGAAGCAGGAGGCCCUUCUGGCCGCCAUCAGUGAGAAGGACGCUAACAUCGCGCUGCUGGAGUUGUCGUCCUCUAAGAAGAAGAAGACGCAGGACGAGGUGGCCCAGCUGAAGCGAGAGAAGGACAGACUGGUGCAGCAGCUCAAGCAGCAGACUCAGAACAGAAUGAAGCUGAUGGCCGACAACUACGAAGACGAUCAUUUGAAGGCUGCACACGACCACACAAAUCACAAACCCUCUCCAGAUCAGAUGAUACCCCCUCUUCUUGUCCUGUCCCAGAACCGCAGUAAGCUCAAACUCUACAUCGCCCACCUGACAGACCUCUGCCAUGACCGAGACCCCAGCAUCCUCAGCCAGCUCACGCCUCCGUCUCACUACCACCACAGCGACCCUGAAGACUGGGAGGAGGAGCUUCAGAAAAUGAGCGACGAACAGUUGAAACGGGAGACUGAGGUGUGUGAGAAGGAGAACGGGGAGCUCCAGGAGUUUGCCAAUUCAGUCCUCCAGCAAAUCGCAGACUACUGCCCUGACAUCCUGGAACAGGUCGUCAAUGCGCUGGAGGAGUCAUGCUGACAAAUCUGACUUUGGACUUAAGCAAGCGGCGCCCAGGAAACCCCCGACCUCCAUCCAAGAAGAAGAAGAGAGCCGGCCGGGGCGCCAUCUUCUCCACCCUACAUCAAGUGUCCAGGAAACUGAAGUGCUUUUCUGUCUCUUAUGUCACUCUGAGGUCAGGCUGGGCUGCAUCAAAAUAAGGAAAUUCACAAAGCGACACUUUUGAAGGCAUGUUUUAUUUAGUGCAAAUGAGGGAGCAGAACUAAAGCACACACAGUGGGGCGAUCUUUAUCUGUUAGUGUAGCCGCAUUGUAAAAGAUGUUCCAGAUGAAAGAAGGGAGCCUCACAAAGCCUUACCUCCAGCGGGAACUGACCUUCACGAGGCACUUUUGUCUCAGGCUUUUACCUCUUUUUUUUCAUCUCUUGAGCCUUUCAUGUUAAAACGGGAACACGGAUCCCAUCCUUUGGGACAGAAAAGCACUUUUUUUUUCUUUUUUUUAAAUUUCUUGGGGAACUGCUACACCCAAAGGGAGCAGGGUGGAGUUGAGUUCGGAGGUGAGGCGUGGCGCCGUGUAGACGUUUGUUUUCAGUCUCGCGUCGCCUAUCGUAGCGCCAUCUGAAUGCCACUUUUUAACCGGAGGAGCUCCUGAAGCGCUAGAGUCGGUACGUUACUGCGUCGUCGUUGGUGGCAUUAGAGGGGGGAUCAAGGCUCAACCUUUCACAGAAGAUCUGAGUUUAGUUACCAUGUUUAUAACCGAGGAGAGGAUUUAGGGGGAGAAAGCUUUUCUUUCAUGUCUCGAUGGUUUUGCACACAGCGUCCACUUGUUUAUGAGGUAUGCAAUGUUUCUUUUUUUUUUCUUUUUUUGAGAACGUUCUCGUGGCCUUGGAGCAUGCACAGAGAUCAGUACAGGACCUAAAUGCAGAGGCUUUUCCGCCUCUGUAAUACUGGUGCUAUGGCAUGAUGUAAGAACUGAUCCUCAUCCAAAGUUUCUAAAGGAGUUCCUUAAAGCCCACAUACCGACGGCCCUUUUUUUUUGUACGCUCGGAUGCCUCUGUUGGUGUUUGUUUCCGUUUGUUUUAUUGUUCAGGGCUGAGUUUUUUAAUUACCAAGUGCAUUGAUUGACAUUUACAGAGGAAACGAAAGUCACUUUUCAAGCAGAUUUUGACUUUUUAAGAUCAGUUUGUAAAUAACGUGGUAUUCAACACGUACAGUAACUGAAUAAAAGUAAUAACGUGGAAGGUGUAUCGUGCAUUCUUAAAAGACAAAAAAAUCAGAAAAGUUCAAAGCAGUGCAGUAGUCUUUUUGUGUCUAAUUUUGUCUCCCCGGGACAAACGUAUGUGUGACAGUGCUGCCAUAAAUUGCAGAAAGUCUAUGUUCUAUAGAGAAAUAUAUAUAAAUAAGAUAUAUGAGAAGUUUACUGUAUCAAUAUGCAUUGAAUGUUUGCACAGAAUCUCGAAGAGCGAGUUGCUCUGAACACAAUAAGUGUUCUCAGCGAAAACUGAGGAAAGACGUGUUUUAAAAAAAAUAAAGUGUCAAAAUAAUGUGUGAACUAAAGACAUUUCAAACCGUGACUAUGUGAUGGGAGGGUAAAUUCUCUCGAGUUUAUUUCUAAUCGUCUUUUUCAAAUGCAUAUGCUCGCCAAACGGUGGCGCUAUCCUAAGACGCCCAUGUUGUCUUUUCUUAAUCUUCGGUUUUUGUUGGUGACCCUGGUGCAUAAAAACGAGUCUCCAGCUGUCGUAGCUCUCCUGCUAUCAGCGAUUAUAUUCAGCGGGUGUCAGAGUGAGAACCAAAGACACGGCUGGAGGUCAGAAAUGAGAGUUGGAUGCUUGUUUUUCUGUCAAACUGACUGAAAAGCUGUUUCUGUCCCUUUAGCUCCUUACAGCUGAAUUCAAAGAUCUUUCUCGCAGUGUUUCAUUCCCCUUUACUUUGGCCUCGCUUUCCUUUCUUCCCUCAACAUCUCUUUUCUUUUUCCUUCAAACUUUUUAACUGGGAACACAGAGCUAAUCAAGGGGCUUUAAGUUUGAUGUAAGUUUUUGCAUUUGUACAAAAUAAAAAAAAUGUACUGCUGUCUGUUAAUGUCAAGAAUCAAACUGAAUUAAAAAAAAAAAGACAUGUUGGUUACAUGGAUUUUGUAUGUAUGGAAAAUAAUAAAUUAUGAGCCUCGUU